AUGCACCUCUUCUUUUUCUUUCCUAUGAUUUCGACUAGCAUAACGAGCCCAACGCUCAAGACUCAAAAUCACUCAUGUUUGUCACCUUGUCCCUCUUGGGAUUCCGCGAUAACAAUUGCAUCGUCACCCAGCAGCCUGAGCAGCUGCGACGGCAUCGAUGACGAUGAAUGCAAUUUCUUCAGCGACUCUGACGAGCUCCCCUCGAAAUCUACUGAUGAGAAGCUCGACAUCGGCUCGGGCUUUUCAACUCCCUCCACCGUGCAGCCGGUAGCUGCUGGGCAGGAGGAACCCGAGAGAACUCCCGUACCCACGCCCUUGGACGCUGACCGUCUUCAUUCUCUCUUUUCUGAGUAUGAAAAGCUUGUCAAUGGGCAGGAGGUACCGCGUGAACGCGAGGGCUCACCAGAUGAGAGUACGAAUCUGUCCAUGCCGAAGUAUCUUGCCCAGCUUACAACCGAUUUCUGGAACGCGCUCUUGCUUCUCUUGUGGACUACUGCCCGACAGGAGGACCACGAGAGUGACACGAGUUAUGGCCAACCUUCUGUAAAUGAGCGGCUCAACACCAUCCGGCCCGCCAUGACGACUCGCAAUCUACUCUCCGGUCCCGUCACUCUAUCUGCCGCAACAGCGAAAAGCAGAAAUGUUCUUCACGCUCUGGAAUACCCGCAGCAGAAGGAAAAUUUCUACAAGCGCAUGGAGACCUAUCGUCCUCUUCUGGCUGAUCUCGUAGCACAUCACCUUGGCACCAAACCAACGGACGUUACUAUUUCUUCGCAAGAUUACUGGCGCCAUGGAUCAUUCAAUCUUUGUAUACCUGUCCAUAUCGACCCCUCUGCGAAGUCAGCACCCCCACAGUUCGUGUUGCUCCGCUUUCCGUUGCCGUACCGCGUUGGAGAAGUAGUACGGCCCGGCAACUCGGAUGAGAAGGUCAAUUGUGAGGCUGCAACAUACGCUUGGCUCCAAGAGAACUGCCCUGCAGUUCCUAUACCCCAGCUUUACGGCUUUGGGCUGUCUACUAACCAAAGAUUUACGAAUCUUGACUUCCUUCCGUGGUGGUCGCGCUGGUUCCAGCAAGCUCGCCGCUAUUUUCUAGCUACUUUUGGCUUCCCGCAGCCUUCACGAUACGUGUGCCAUCCCUCUAGCCGCUUUGCCGACCUCGAUAUCGGUUACCUGCUUAUCCAAACCAUUACUUCCGGAGAGAUGCUUUCAGAAUCCUGGGAUGAGAAGCGUGACGAUGUCCGUCUCCAAGAUAAUCUACAGCGAAGUCUCGCUAGGAUGAUGCUCUCGCUUGCAAGCGUUCCCCUGGCGCGUAUCGGAGCAUUCCGACUGGACAACAACGGGUAUUUGCAUUUAGAUAAUCGUCCUCUGAAUGUUAUGUUUACUAUGCAUGAGAACGAAGGCAUCCCCCUUAAUAUUUCCAGACACACAACCUUCUCUAGCGUCGAUGACUUCAUCCUUCAGCAUUUGGCGGCUUUUGACAACCGGCUACUCUACCAGCAAAACGCCAUAACUAGCCGUGACGAUGCGUUAUACCAGAUGACCAGUCUAGCUGCCGCAAGAGCUAUAUUCCCGCAAAUGUUCCGGAGAGACUUUUUUUACGGCCCUUUCGUGUUUACUUUAACCGAUAUACAUCGAAGUAACAUCUUCGUUGAUGAGGACUGGAAUACGGUAAAGGAUCCAGUAGCCUUCACGGAGAUAUUCUACGAUCGUAUAUUACCCAGCUACUUCUCCUACUCUCCGGAAGAACUAAGCAAGGCCGAUUAUAGAUUCUUUGCCCGUCUGUGGCGCCCUAACAUCUGUGACAUCAUUGACAAGAAACUGCAAGACCGAGACACGUAUUUGGAGAGACUUAAUGCAGUUUUCACCGACUUUACAUGA